AUGGCACUGGCACUCAACCAGUCGACAGAAAAAUCACAGGUUGAAAAACAUCGUGCUCAAGAGAGGCGUGCAGCGUUGGAUGGUCGCAAACGUAACCUGCAGGAUUCCUGGCGGGACAUCGGUUCAGACGCUGUCGUUCGGAGAUGCGGGAAAAUAUCACUCCUACUGAAGGUGUGGCAUCAAGCCUCUUACCUUCUGAGCUCGACCCUGGUGCAGAUUCUGGCGCGGUCGUGCCCAGUGCAGGUGCGGGCGUAGCCGGAAUUAUGGCCGCUGCAGCGAGUGCCAGGAUGGUGGGUAUUCGAAGACGAAUUUGGGUUUGGACGUUUAAACAAUCGAGAGCUUCGCCAGUUACUCAUGCUUCACCUUCCAUAACCCCAGCCGGAGGAGUGGAAAGUCAAGCCAACAGGGGAAGAAUGACGGACCAACAUUCCUUGGUGGUACGGUUUCGUGCACUCAAACCAGUUGGAAGAAUAAUUAGUCCGUUGAAAUAACUUCUUGUUUCGUAGCAAACGGCGUCUUGGCGCAACCCGGACAAUCAAGGUCGAAUGUAGUUCCUAGACAUCGGGAAGCACUUCUUGUGAUGAAUCUAGACCAUCAGUGUUGGACAGUAUCAGUUCGUUGCUGCCCAAGCCCCUCGAUGAAGAGGAUGAACUUGAACGAUAAUUUACUACAGAGUUGCCUUUCGGGCCUGUGUUCUCUCACCACACGUGUACCCUUCAU